CACGAAAUUCCUUGGCAUAAUAUAGCGGUGCAAACACAACGUACUGUUUCAGUUUGUCCUUCUAGAGACUUUAAUUUGGGUCACACCGUGGCUUCCACCAUUGGUCAUCUCUUGUGUUCAAGAAACAAAAGCAACAAGAUCAUAUUUGUUCCACAGGGGAAAAGAGUUUUCUUGCGGAUUGCCUGGCAUUCUAACACGACAAUCAAGCAAUCGACUCCUCACCAUCGCUGUCUCUGAUUUGGUGGAAAAUGAUGAAAGGCUUGGCAAUUUUCACGCUGCUCAUGUUGUGUAAUUCCAUGUCGGCCGCACGCAAACCAAAGCACACUUUUCGAAGCGGUUCAGGAUCGGCGAGGCGACCCAACAUAGUUUUUAUUAUGACAGAUGAUUUGGACACUGCGCUUGGAUCGCCGGAGGUAAUGAAGAAGACUAGCAAAAUUCUUCGCCAAGAAGGAGCCGACUUUGUGAACGCGUUCGUCACAACACCUAUGUGCUGCCCUUCCCGCGCCAGCAUUUUGACUGGUUCCUACGCACAUAAUCACAACACGUACACUAAUAACUUGAAUUGUUCAUCUCCAUCCUGGAGAAGAGGCCCAGAGAAGAAAACUUACGCCAAGUACCUAGAGUCUUCGGGAUACGUAACGGGUUACUUUGGCAAAUAUCUAAACGAGUACGAUGGGAGCUGGGUACCAGCGGGUUGGAAAAAAUGGGAAGGACUGGUGUUUAACUCCAAGUUCUACAACUACACAAUACGACGCAACACGUACAAAGAACGACACAAGAUGGAUUAUGGGCAGGAUUACUUCACUGAUUUCAUCACUAAUAGGAGUAUCUCUUUCAUAAAACGGACAAAAGAGAACAAACCACACAGUCCUUUCCUAGCUGUGGUGAGUCAUGCAGCCCCUCAUGGCCCGGAGACGCCUGCUCCUCAAUACAGUACAGCAUUUCCUGGUGCCCAAGCUCCAAGGUAUCCUAACUGGAAUUAUAUAUCACUGGACAAACAAUGGAUCAUGAGGGAAACACCUGCGAUGAGUGCACAGAAAAUAGCUUUCGUGGAUCUGCUCCACCGCCGUCGCCUUCAAACACUGCUUUCAGUUGAUGACUCAAUCGCGCGAAUCUUCCACACUCUCCAGUCCCUAGGGAUUGAAGACGAAACUUACAUAUUCUUCACAUCAGAUCAUGGUUACCAUCUUGGUCAGUUUGGUCAGGUCAAAGGCAAGUCCAUGCCAUUUGAGAGCGACAUAAGAGUUCCUUUUUACGUGAGAGGACCAAUUAUUCCCAAGAAUAUCAGUGUAACAGACAUGGUCUUGAACAUUGACCUGGCACCCACAUUUUUGGAUAUUGCCGGCAUUAAGAUACCCAAAGACAUGGACGGCAUGUCUGUUAUGAAACUGUUCCGCAGGACAAGAUACGGACGAAGAGCAAAAAGGCGAACACAUGUUGUAUGGAGGGACACAAUUCUCAUAGAAAGGUCUCGAGGUUGGAGAAGGACGAAGAACUUCAUGAAAGGGAAAUCAGGGAACAAGACUGCUUCGGUUAAGGAGCGAAAGAUGACCAUUUUGGAAGACAUCUGCUCCAGGCCAAAAUACCAAUCCCCUUGUCAACCCAAGCAGCUCUGGGAGUGUCAGACAGUCAACCGCAGACCAAGACUGAGAAAAUGUAGACGAAAUACCACAACUGUAUUAAGGACAGCUCCAAUUACCCGACCUACACCUCCUACCGAUCCUGUGAAGAUGUGUGUUUGCAUGAAGCAAAGACCUGAUAGUGAACUGCAUGAAAACCAAAAUGACAUGCUGCUCUACGAGGAGGAGCUGCUCAUAAACGGCAUGGAUUAUUUGACCAAAGAACUCAGACGAAGAUCAAAAAGGUCUCGUUAUUUUGGAUACAAUCCAAGGAAGAGAAGAAAUGAGUUCAACAACAGGAGGUACCAGAAGGAAUUGGCCAGGGCUCAUAAGCUGCAAAAUCGACGUUCGAAGUCCAAAGUGUUUAUUAGGACUCCUGCUAGCAAACCAAAACCUCAGUCAAACGUGACUCAAACGCCUCACGGGUCUUCAGAAGUGCAACGAGCGGUGGCGGAAAAACUUGGAAAACUAAAGGAGAAAAUUCAGGGAAUAAGGCAACGCCUUGGUGCGUUGCGUGACAGGAGGAAGAAACUGCUUCUGAUAAGCGCGCGUGACAAGUUCUUAGAGUACCCCUGUCCAUGUAACCACGGUAAUGAUACCGCGAGAGAGGUCAAAGGAAACUAUGGCAAUGAUCAAUACCAGAUAUCAUCGCUGAGAAGAAGAAAUAAACCGCCAAAAGCUCCAUCCCGCAAAACAGAGACCAAGAAAAAAAAGGGGAAGGCGAAGCCAAGACGUAGCAUGUGUGCCAGCCCGGGUAUGAACUGCUUCUACCAGACAGAGGAUCACUGGAAGCUGCCGCCGCUCUGGACCGGAGGAGAAUUCUGUUUCUGUCCUAAUGCUGCCAACAAUUCUUACUGGUGCUUGCGAACAAUAAAUUCGACACACAAUUUUCUAUACUGCGAGUUCAUCACAAAUUUCUUGGAGUACUUUGACCUCAACAAGGACCCAUAUCAGUUGCAUAAUAUAAUUCAUGAGGUGAGUCCUGGUGUUCUAUCAGAGCUUCAUCAUCUACUCGUCAAGAUGCGAGGAUGUAAGGGAGAGGAUUGCACUCAUUACCAUGGUAAGAAGUACCCUACAGUACCGCCAACAAGUCCAGCGGUCAACACCCACUUGAGAGAAGGUAUGGAAGAGAGUCACAUGACUCCUUUACCAACAGCGCCAUCAAACCUGCAAACAUCUGCUCGAAGUGCAGUGAGCCCUUUGACUUCGGAGUCACCCUCUCUAGUCCUUGUUACGCGUUCGGACGUUACAGCAAGCUCUCCGCAGAGUGUUUGGAACAACGUUUCGAAACCAACCACUAUUGAAAAGUUUACAACACUUCCACCAAAAGAUGUAAAUGUAAAUUUGUUAGAACAUUCGACCAUUCAGUCGAUAUUGAACUCAGAACGAAAACAACAGCUCAUGGAAAGCUUAAAAACCGAACAUUCAAUUGCUCAAGUUAGUGAAAUGGCGCCUUUACCUACAGUUGACUUUAAGACUAAGAGCAAGCCAGACGAAACAUCAGACUUGGAGUCCAACUCCUGUUUGAAUUGUUCCAGGUCCGACAACCUACCGAAAACCUUCGUGAGAACUUCGGAACUCAACACAAGUUUAUCGGGAUUGAACGUUUCUUCAGUCCCAACCACACCAGCAUCAGCGACUCCAAAAAGCAAAGAGGAAACUAGUGGAAUGCAUUUCAAUAUUUCUACACCAAAACCAGCGAAGGGAAAAUCGCCCAAGAGACGCAAAAAUGGAGAUCGAGAGGGGAGAAAAAAAGAUAAAUAUGCUUCAAAAGGCAAACCAAAGAAUAAAAGUCUUAAGAAGUCCAGAAAGUUUAAAAAGAAAUCUUCAAACGGAGAAAGAACGUCACUGUCAGAAGAAAAGAAAGAGAGCCCAGAGAAUCCUACAAAGCAGACAGUUGUCUUAAACACCACGAUAUGGUCUCCGGAAUCUCCUUUAGACAAUAACAGCGAAAAGUCUGACCACGAGAAACCAUCUCAACCAACUGCAACACCCUCACUUGGCUCCAAUCAUGUACCCACAGUCUUAAUGAAGUCUUCGGGUCCUGACACAAGCUCUUCCAAACUAAAUGGUUCUUCAAUUGCAGCAACAUCAGCCUCUAUCACCACAUCAAGAGAAAGGAUGACUGAGAAAAAUGUGCGACAGACAACAGCAGUCAAACCAUCGAAGAGAAAGUCCGCAGAGAGAAGGAAGAACAGUAGCUCGAUUGAUAGGAACAAAAAAAAAUCUCUAAAAAAACUAAGAAAGAUGAAGAAAUUAUCGGAGAGAGAAAAUUCUCAAACUUCAGAAGAAAUUAAGCCGACCAUAGAGGCAGGAGAAGUAAACCAAACUGGAUUGAAAUCAAAAUCGACAAACAGAAGACCUGAAUCAGAGAACAAAGACAGCAAGAGGGGAAAUAAAGCAUUGCCGGAAGUUUCACGAAAACGGAGCAAAAAGCCGACAAACAACCGACCGGCGAAUCGGAACUUCAAGAAAAAAUCUAAAGGAAAACAUUCCAAGCAAAGACCGACUCAAAUUAGCCAGGAGGGAGGGGUGGUAGAAAAUGGCACCGGUUUCUCUUCGAAUUCGGAAUCUUCGCCCUCUAACCCUAGAAAAGAAAAUAACUAAUUUUUUUCUCUUCAUUGCUGGUUGGCUCAGUUUAGAUGUGUAGAAACCACUCCUUAAACUUGUCAAAAUUUGAAAAUGCUUCGCGAUUUACAUACCCUCAUCAAUCGAGGGCUGUAGAGAAGUCAUUGUAGAGUCAAAACCUCACAUAGCUUUGAUAGUUUAUGCGUUGUAAAAAAUAGUAGCCAGCAAAUCAAUUGCGGAAAGGUCUGAGGAAAACAAAUAAGUCUACUCACUCUCUCCUCCCUUGAUACUGGUUUAGGACGCUUAUUUCGUAGACUGUUUAAAAGUGGACGUACCAACGUGGAUGUUGGUUAGCGAAAACAAAUCUACUACAAUUGUUUUUGUCGUUAACUUUAUUAACUCCCAUGAAAAUUGUUGAUUGUUUUUUUUUUCUGUCGAAGUGUUGUAAAUUCUUCUUUUGAAGUGUUUUAAUUCAAUGUUUUUAGCUACGGCAAACUAAACAGAAGUGAAGAUUUCCUCUAACCGAUCAUUUUGAAAUUUCCUUGUUACAAAAAAAAUAAUAGUUGCAAAAACCUAGCUGUACUACUUAUCUCUUUUUACAAAAUAUUAUGAGCUAUGAAUGUUUAAGAUGAGUUGAGUUUAUUUGUAAAGCGAUUGGGUUGGUUUGCAGUCCGGUUCAGAAAGUCUCCAUUUCCGUUUCAGAGUGACACAAGAUUGAAUGAAACCACAAAAUCUUUUAUGGUUUUUUUGUUAACUCAGUGGUAGAGAAACUUUUAAUUGACGCUUACGCAGAGCUUUUUACAAAGAUGUUUCAUUUCUUAUGCGACAUAUGAAACUUUAUCUUUGAUUUGAACUAUUAAGUAAAAAUGAUGUUCUGUUAAAUGUCGUUUUCUGGUUAUCGUCUCUUAAAGCUUUUUUAUUAAGUUAUUUCAGAGCAUCUUUGUAUGGUGAUGGUUUUAAUAAAGCUUUAC